AUGACCCAGGAAGUAGUCGUAAUCUCUCCUGGUCUUCCUACACCUCCCUCGAGUCCGUUCCACGUCAGUUCAGCCCCUGCGCCUUCACAGCACAAGAGCGUAAACAAGCCCAAGGACUGGUAUAGGAGCAUGUUUAGACAAAUCCACAAGAAACCAGAGGAGCCUGAGCUUGACUGGAGAGAAAGGAAGCUGUCAUCAUCUCCUCCUCCAGAUUCUGGCCAGCAGGACGGGCGCUCAGACCCCUUCACCCUCACCCCUCACGGAGCCCUGCCCGACUGGGCUGAUCUGGGCGACACAGGGAAGCACCCAGAACCCAAGAGUAUUUUUGACUUUGAGCCUGGAAAGGGAGCAGAAGAGGAUCGUAGUCGGUCUCUGAGGUCUGAGUCACAGCUGCCUUCAUAUUACAGCCCAGUGAAACCUCAAUCCCAGUCUCCGUCCAUAGAGGCGACGCUGGUGUCAGAGCUGAACCGUUUUGAGGCGGAGCUGGACUCAGACAUUCGUGGUCUGGAGAGGAAACUGUCACAGAAGCAGCAGCAGCGGCGAGGCAGGGGUGAGGGAGCUAAAACCAACACAGCAACCACAAGAACAGAAGAGAACAGACAAGAAAACAGCUAUCCCAUAAUCCCCUGCUCUGCAGUAAAGCAGGGCACAACAGCGAACUUCAUGCAUGCUGAUGAUCGCAUAAUGUCAUCAGACAUGGAUUUCCCACCUAAGAAAGAAGAGAGAAAGAUGAAAGCAGCGCGAACCAAAUUUAAUUUCCAAGCACAGUCACCAAAGGAGCUGACCUUACAAAAAGGUGAUGUAGUGUACAUACACCGGCAAGUGGAUGCCAACUGGUAUGAAGGAGAGCAUCAUGGGAGAGUGGGGAUCUUUCCCACCAGUUAUGUGGAGAUUAUUCCUCCAACAGAGAAGCCCACGCCAAUAAAGUCUCCCACCAUCCAGGUGCUGGAGUACGGAGAGGCUGUAGCCCUGUUCAACUUCAAUGCAGACCUGCCUGUGGAACUGUCCUUCAGAAAGGGCGAGGUGAUCUCUAUCACCAGGCGUGUUGAUGAUCACUGGCUGGAGGGGCGUAUCGCCGGCACCAGCCGCAGUGGAAUCUUCCCCAUCAACUACGUCCAGGUCAACAAAAUGCCCCGCACUAAAAGCAGCGAUGACUUUCCAUCUUCUCCCACUCUUACCCCAGAGCCGCUCAGCCCUGGUCGACCACAGCACUCCCCUCUGUCUCCCUUGUCACGCUCCUCCGAACCCCAGCUUUCACCUCACAAACACUCCAGCCAAUCACGCUCCCCUCUGUCACACGCACAGCCCACCUCCCCAAAACAGCCUUCAAACCACUUCCUGUUCUCGCCCACAAACAACCGGACCAGAUCGCUGCACGCUCACAGCCCACUGGAAAAGGACACCCGAUCACCCAUGUCUCCCUCCAAUCAUGUGCUGACAUCUCCACAGGGCCCGGGACUGCCAGCCAACACCAGCUCGCACCCUCCGUACAUCACACAGGAUGGGACCAGAACACAAUCUCCACAGCCCAAUGCAGAGGUUAAAAUUCCUUCCACAUCACAGUCUCCUGUGAACACGGGUUAUUCACGACAACCGUAUAAAGCGGUUUACAACUAUAAACCCCAGAAUAGAGACGAGCUGGCAUUGAGAGAAGGAGAUAUCGUUCAGGUCCUAGAGAAGUGUGAUGACGGCUGGUUUGUAGGUACGUCUGAGAGGACCCAAGCUUUUGGAACAUUCCCUGGCAACUAUGUGGCACCAGUUUGAGAGCUUCCACCAGUUCUUGUUCACUGACACUACAGGCUCAACCACUAAUCAAUGCAAAAUACAGUCUGCCUGUACUGCCACUGUACACUACACACAAAACCACUGCCCUCCUCACGAACACAAAUAUAAAGCCAUAAAAACUCCUUCACAUCCUCCACCAAGCAUGUGCACUCCUCACCUUACAGUAUCUCUUGCAGACGUUGCACACAGUUGGGUUUGACCCACUCACGUGUGAUGAAGCCACACUGAAUUACGCUAUUGACUUUAUCUAAGAUGACUUACUCAAUUUUAACAUCUUUGUAAAGCUUACCUCCAUUUUGGUUUCAGAUUUGUAGCAACAUUGCCAACGCUACAUAUCCUGAGGAUCUGGAUGUAAGAGAUGGUUAAAACCGUCCGUUUUUUUCUUUUUCUUUUUCUUUUUUCCAGACGCUCAUCACAGUUGUCAUUUAUCUGUUGCGCUGGCUUAGCUGAUCGCCACAUCAUAUACUGUAAUAAUCACAGCCGCAGUCUUUGCAAGCAUUAUCAAGUAUCUGUAAGCGCUUAAUGCAGUUGUCGCCAAGUGUUUAAUCUGUCUGUAUUAGGUUCAUGUUAAUUGUGUAGCAAACCCAGCGUUCAACAUUAUGUUCAGCUUUAGGACGGGGAAAGUGUUGCUGUGCGGUUUCAAACUCUUUUGUAUGAGUAAAAGUCUCCUGCUCAGUGAAAAAAUCAGUUAAGGUUUGAUAUGUUGUGGUGGGUUAAACAUGGUUUUUGACUUUAUAUCAAUGAUUUAAAUCUAUAUCCAAAACCAUAUUGAACUGAAAAUAUUAAUUAAUGCAAGAUCAGUCUUCAGGAUCAGAAGAACAUCAUGAUUUGCAUGCAUAUUCAUUCACAGUGGGGGAAAAAAAAAAAAUCUUGAGCAGUAUUUCGUCUUGUUUUCCUGUAAACAUUAUAAAACAAGAAUAAUACUUUGUUUAAGGAGCAAAAUUGUACUAGGUAAAAUUUCAGAGAAUAUAUCUUAACCUAAGUUUAUAUAUGUGACCCUGGACCACAAAACCAGUCAUA